AUGAAGCGGCUGAUCCAGGGCGACAGAGCUUCCAGCACGGCCGUGGAGGGAGGGGCAGGGCUUGGAAGGGACAUUUCUUCGGAGGGGGGGUUGCUGUUUUACCCACCGGAUGACGCCCUGGCUGGGUGUCCCCCUGACGAUGGGUCAGCUGGCCGGGACACAGAGCAGCAUCACAGAGGGAGCCUAGCUCAGGCUGGAGCACCGGGGGAGGGGCCUAGUUUGCAGGUGCUGGAUCCUCCAGCACACCAGCUCCUCUCUCUCCUGCUCAUCCAGGAGCCUGACCCGCUCAGGGCUGUGACAGCGCUGUGCACCCUGACCCCCCGGGCGGCCAAGAAACGAUCAAGCGUGGGAGACAAGGAGGACCAGGCGCUGCCUCUGCCAGUACCCCAGGAGGACAGCUACAGGAGAAGGACGGACCUGGGACCACUAGAAGACUGGCAGAACCUCACCUCCAAAUGCCUGGAAAAACUCCAGCAGAGAAAGAAGACGUGGCUGACGGUGGGCAUCUCCUCGCGGCCCCGGCCUGGUCCGGAGCCCAGCGGCCUCCUGUACACGCUGCUCUCGCUCUUCCGCGCCACCUCGAAGGUGGAGCAGAAGCGUCUCACGGUGCUGGUCCACCUGGCAGGCGCCGACCCCGCCUGGCUCGGGGAGACCGUCCUGCACAUUUCCAGCCUCUUCAGCCCGCAGAUCCUGGCGGGGCAGCUGCUACUGAUCCAUGCCCCUCCAGACACCUACCCGCCCGCGGGCACCGGCCGGGAGCCCUGCUCCGAGCAGAACGUGGAUCACGCCUUCCUCAUGAGCUCUGCCUCGAAGCUCUCGGAAUUCUUCCUGCUGCUGGAGGACAACGCCUUCUGCGCCCCCAACUUCAUCAGCCACGUGCAGUGGAAGGUGGACACGCUGCGGUCUCAGCCCUGGGUCUUCCUGGAGUUCGCCAACCUGGGCGUCCUGGGCAAGCUCUUCCGCAACGGCGACCUGCCGACACUGGCCCACUUCCUGCUCCUCUUCUACCGGGAGAAGCCCCUCAACAGGCUGCUCGCCCACUUCCGCGUCCUCCUGGCCCAGAAGGACCCCAUCCUGUGCACACCUUUCCUCUUCUACCACAGGGCCACCUACUACCCCCUGAACGACAGGCAGGAGGCCUCGGGCGCAUACAGGAAGAGCCCCUACGCCCCUGACAACCCGCCAGCAGCCGCCUUCACCGACAUGAAGGUAUCUGAGGUCCACUUCCCCUGGGAGGCCUACACUCUGGACGAGUCCUUCUUCUGGACCCACAACGUGAGCGCCGGCAACCACCUGACCGUCAUCCUGAACCAGCCGGCCGACCUGAGGAGGGUGCAGGUGCUGACGGGCACCAUCGUGGAUGGCAAGUACGCUCUGGAGAAGGGGCAGGUGGAGCUGGGCUAUGGGCCUGAGGGCAUGCCGCAGCGCUGCUCCAGCUUCGUCCUGCUGGGCCGCCUCCUGGAGGGGCAGCUGGAUCAGGAGGUAGUGCCCCGGUCCAUGGGGUACCAGGUCAGCUGCGUGAGGCUGCUGGCGAACGCCAAUCAGACGGGCGGGCUCAUCGUCAGGCACAUUUACCUCUGGGAGGAGCAUGCCAGAGACGCGGGCCACUUGGGAUGAAGACAGACCAGGAAGGCAAUGAAACAUUAAAAUCUUGCAGUCA